AUGCCAGUGACUAACACCGAGAUCGAAUGUGCUCGAAACAUCGCCCUUCUUUACUACCUUGGUAGAAUUGGUUGCAAGCCCCAAAAGAACAGUAUCCAAGACUGUGAACCUAUACGCAAAGCAGACAUCAACAGGGCACUGUCUUUGCAGGAUGAGAAGUUACUCACGUCAACACUGGCGUUUCUUUCGAGUAUUCGAGAUGAUGCUAUGAGCGUCACAGCAGUCUGCGUAGAAGAGAAGAAAUCUAGUGUUGUGGUGAUGGUUGCAGCCAAUGCAAAAGAUAGUCAUAACUCAUCAUCGUAUCUUGACGCUGUCAAGGAAGGGUUUGAUAAGAUAUUCAGAUCACUCAAUCGGGAGACUCCAGUAUCUUCUGAGAGCCUUCAUUGUCGGAUUAUCAGUAUCGUCAUCUCUAUGUGUCGAAGCCGAAUAAUGAGCAGAGCGAGAUUCAUCAGGCGCGGCCAAAGACAAGGCUUUGAUACCAUAUUAAAGAAAGUCAAGAAAGAAAUGGCUCGAUUCACAAUGAAUGACGAUAAGAGGGAGUAUAUGAGACUGAGCCAAGUGCUUAUUUCCAGAAUAGAUGCUUUUCAAAUCAAGUUGGCACAAGGUCCAUCCAACACAUCAGCAUUGGACAAGAAGCUGGAGUUGAUUAUCAACACCUUUGCCGAUAUAUCGAGAAUAUCAAGUCUUUCAACAAUGCUACUCGAAGAUAUUGGACCGAGGAUGGAACCGGACUUGUGCAGUGGCUUAUUGAACACCAUUCAUAAGUUGGCGCACUAUAAAACCUGUGCCUGGACCCUUGUGAAGCUUUCGAGGAGGUAUUCGAUACUUGGACGUACUUCUACUAUUGCCGUCAGACUUGACGACACAGCAUUCGGGAAGCCACCAGCAGAAACUGUGGGUUUUAAGUUGGAAGAGCAUUUGAAGAAGCUUAAAAAGGAGUAUAACACCAACUGGGACUUGGACAACUUCGGCCAAAGACUGGCAACGAAUACGAAAAAGUUCUGGGAGGACUUUUUGAGAGUCACGAAUGAGCCAAAGAUUCACGCUGAAAUUCAACUUAUGUGGCACCUUGAGCGCCACCCAAGCUCGAAGCCUCCCCGAGUUCUCGCCUCCAACAAAGAUGCGUGUUUCCUAUGUAACGCCUUUAUAUCGUUCCAUGGAAAGUACAUGAUACCCAAAACACACGGGAGAAUCUAUCCUGGAUGGAGACUACCAUCGACUGGGCUCAAUGAGACUAGGAGACUAUUUGUCAGAGAACUUGAACGCAUUGCUGUGGAAAGACUCAACGUGGUAAAUCAACAGGGGUUUGAGAAGAACAUUGACCCUUUGGAGAGCACAAUAUCGUUAGUUGCUACUUCUACAGCCUCUCUGAACAGAUCUAGGGAAACGAAAGAUAUGCAACCAGCAAUGACGCUUACCAAUACUGGGAUAAACAACGAGGUUUUAGAUACGAUAGAUGAGAAACGGCCUGCGAUAUGUAUGCUGCCACCAACGAAACCAGGACAAUCUAAAGCUGGAGUCAAGACAAAGACAAAGAGCCUGGACGUUGAGAGCACCGAAGUCUCCUUAAUACCUAGAAACUCCCCAAUAAGUUCGCAGGAGACCAUGGUUCUGACGCAGAAACCGGCCAAUGAAACUGAAAAAAUCCAAAAACAAGCCCGUAUUUCAGUUGGAGAGCCAAAUGAUAUCGCGUCCGAGGAGACCGAGUAUGAGCCGAACAAGAUCACAAGUCCAGAGACAUAUCAAACACGCCAGUCAAGCAAUUAUUUUCCAGAACCGAAGCGUUCCGAUCACAAGUCAAGCGAUAGUCCGACGGCGUGGGAACAAGUAAAAAAGGAUUCAACGAAAAGAAUAAGGCUCAACUCAUUCAACCUUUACAUCGAGUACACAUCCUCAGAUCCAAACACAUCGAAAGUUCUCAAGAUCAAGACGAAGAGAUUGUCAGUUGAGGAAGCAGAAACAGCUAUAGAUGGGAGUGAUCAUGUUUAUGACUUGGAUAGUCUGUCAACACUGGGUUGUGACCUUGGAAAUUGUCAACAAGUCAAGAUGAAGGUUAAAGGGGAGGUUUAUAUAGUAGAUCUUGGCGCUUUUGUUUGUCACGAUGAAUAA